AUGAAGGUCUCCAUGGCUGCCCUCCUCCUCCUCUUCCUCACAUUCACGACUACUUCUGCUUCUCACAGCCAGUCAAAAAUUCCUGAGUCAGUGAACCAACGAGUCACCUGCUGCCUGAAGUAUCAUGAGAAGGUAUUGCCCAGGAAACUGGUGGCAGGAUACACGAAGGCCCUCAGCUGUCACCUGCCAGCAAUCAUCUUCAUCACCAAAAGGAACCGAGAGAUCUGUGCCAACCCCAGUGACAAAUGGGUCCAGGAGUACAUCAAGGAUCCCAGCCUACCUUUGCUGGCCCCCAGGAACUUGGCCAGGGUUGAAAUUACUACACAAAGGAAAGGUCAACCCUAG